AUGGCCGCUGCAGCAAGGAACCCCAUUAUUGCAAAACGAGCCCGACCCAUUACACCCCCGACAGAUGCUCGAACUACUGCAAUAGAGGCCGCUGCAGCAAGGAACGCCAUUAUUGCAGAAGGAGCCCGAUCCGUUGCAGCCGCGACAGAUGCUCGAACUGUUGCAAUAGAGGCCGUUGCAACAGGGAACGCCAUUAUUGCAGAAGGAGCCCGAUCCGUUGCAGCCCCGGCAAAUGCUCGAACUGCUGCAAUAGAGACCGUUGCAGCAAGGAACACCGUUGUUACAAAAGGAACCCGAGCCGUUGCAGCCACGACAGAUGCUCGAACUGCUGCAAUAUAG